UCUGCCACGCGCAGCUGUGCAAAACAAACAAGAAUCAGAGUCAAAGUCGUCAGUUACCUGUUGAUUUCCAUCUUUUCCCCCCUUAUUCCCGCGCCCGCACUCGCUGACGCACGACCUGCCAUCGGAAAUACGGGGAGAGAGAGAGGCUGCCACACGUGCGCAGCGGGAGAGACAAGGAACCUGGAGGUAAAGGAGGGGAAAAUCGCCGAAGAGUGCGAGGCGACGGCGACCGUCAGCUGGGGAGGGCAAGGUCUUCCUCUUCCUUCAAGUCAGCAAAAAGUCGAGCCAAAUAUCGGGUUAAAGCCCAACGCGGAAGGCCACGAUGACCAGCUACAUCAAGGGGAUUUACAGCUACGUCAGACCGGGUAGUGAAACUGCAGUGCCAGCUACAUCCAGCCCAGCCACAAGCCCCACGCAGAGUCCACCCCAAACACCCUCGGAGGCUAAGCCAGAGCAGCAGCCAGGCUAUCUGAAAUGGGCUGUGUCUGGAGUGGCAUCAGGCAUCUAUAACGUAGGCUCCAACACCCUGGGAGCAGGCGUCACGAGUGUGAAGUGGGUGGCUGGCACGACCUACAACGUGGGGGCAGGUGUGGUGGGGACAGCUGGUACCGUUGUAGGAACGGUAGCGGGCACGGCAGGCUCUGUGGCCAGUACAGUGGGUUCGGGAGCUUCUGCAAUCGUCUCCAAGGUCGCCACGAAGAAAAAGGAACAUUCAGACUAAGGGAUGGUAUAGUGGUAUAAUUUUUUAUUUUUAUAGUUUUGGUCCUCUUUUUUUAUAUAUAGAUAUAUAACCACUUAUUUUACUGUAGCUGUUUGGUAAUUGAAGUCACUUAUGAGAGAAACAUCCAAGUGGUUCGAAAAAAAAUUGGCAGCUUUUUUUUCUUGUGCUCUCUUUUGUGUGUGUUUAUAAUACUGUAUUGUAAAUAAAUGUGAAAAGAAAAAAAAAAUAAUGGAUUGAAAAUAACAAAUCGAGAUAGGUGCUACUGUAUAGUAAAAAAAAAUGGUAUAAUUAUAGAAAUUGGUGAAAUAGAUUCCCUCUCAAAAGAGAGAACAAGAGGGAGAAGAACAGAUUAGCAAUAUGUAGGGGAUAUGAUAUUAUGGUUUUAUCGAGGAAACCUUUUAUGUUGAAAUUGUCGAAGGUUCACUUUGAAGUACAGUAGUAUUGGAUGCUAAAUAAAGCUUUCCAGAAUGAGUAUGUUCACAGUUGCAAAAACAAACAACUGAAAAACUCAAAGCAAAGUUUGGGCAUUGAGGUAGCUGUUCAUUCUUUCAACUGUCUGUCUGUCAAGAGAAGAUUCAUAUCUAUUAUUAUCAAAGCAGAAUGCUCUUUGAGAGUUAUGAAAGCUUACACAAGCUGAAUUCUUUUUCCCAGGGAAGUUUUUAAUGGAUAGGUUUUGUUUGAGCGUAUGUAAUCAUGGGAUUAUAGCUUUACAUAAAGAGAUUAACGGUAGGAGGAUUCCUUGUUGUCUUAUGAGAGUAAAGGAAUUGUCUGUUUAGUACUCAAUGAUCUUAGUGUUGUGAAUAGAGAUGGUGGGAAACAAAGGCAAGUUUGUUUAGGCCGAGAACUUGAGUCAUAAAGAGGGUGAUAAUCCAUGCUUGGAUAUUCUUAUUCUUAUUCUUAUCCCCCCCCCCCCCAAGACCUGCUUCAGCUAUGAUUUGUCAGACUCAGGAUUAAAGGGAAAAGAGUUUGGUUCCCAGUAAGCAAAGUGCUUCCAUAGACUUGGUAACCUACUGUGUCUGUCAAAAAUGUAACUUUAGGUAUUGAGACAAUCGCAAGUGUUUGGCUUUGUACUACAUGGUAUGUAGAUGUACUUUAGGCAUUAAAGCAAUACAUUAUUUUUUGGUAGACCUUUUUACCUGUUGAGAGCAGAAGGGAUUUCAGGAAGUAAUAUCCUGGUUAUUGCUUUUUUAUGCAUAGUUGAUACAGCAAUUUUUGCAAGAAUGACCAUGAAAUGAAGUAGUAAUAGAUUAUUUUUGUGAAUGGAGUCAUGGAGAUAUUUUAGAUUUUAGCAAAUUCAGUAGGGAAAAAAAAGGACAAAAAAAAAAAAAAAAAAUUGUAAAACAGAUGCAAUAAAUGGUAGUUGGUUUUGAUGUGAGGAAAAUCUUUCUAAUGAUGAUGGUAUUUUUGCAUAUAUUUUGCAGAAAUUUUCUUUUUAUCAGUUAUUCCUGUCAGACUGGACUUUGAACUUACCAGAACCAUUUGUUAUGCUUAGAAAAUAAAUAUAAUAGAUAAGUUUUUACAGGAUCUUCAUAGAAUUAUUCAUGUGCAUGCUAUUAGGUUUAAGGAAAGACAUUGCAAGGAAAAUGUUCACCAUAAAAGAGUAAACUUACAGAUUUCUUGUGCUGCAGACAAGGAAAAUGUGAGCUCACAUGAUGAAAAUGGCUUUUGCCCUCUCUUGUAAAUCUGAUCUCAUGUCUGAUCACACUUUUGACAAGGACUUUUAGGAUUAUUAUUAUUAUUUUUUUAUAUAUAUAACCUAGUUCCUUAACCCCAUCCCAACGGGUCACAUGUACAGGCGUCAUAACAUACCGCUUGGUCUGCGGGGUACGGCUGUAUGUGCGGCGAUGCGCCAGAGUGUGUGGAGGAGGAAGUUCUGCUACAUAUAGUGGACUCCUGUGCCCAGCGUCAGGACGUUGCCAGAAAUCACCAGAGUUUACAACGCUCAUAGAUUUCUGACACCCAUUGGUGUUGGGUUAGAGCUCGUUUAUUUUUUCCCCUCUCUGUUUCUUGUAUGUAGUUCCUUGUUUUUCAAUGUACAGUUCCUCAUUUAUCUCAUUAUAAUUUGCUUAUAUUUGUUUAUAUUUUUUUUCUGAGUUCAGUUUCAGUACACAGUUCCUCAUAUUAUAAACCAGAUGUAUGCUGUACUCUGACUUUAAUGAUUCUGUUCUAGGUAGUCUGUUUGAAUUUGAGUUUGAAUUUAGUUAAUGCAAAUGCUAUGUGGGUGGGCAAGAGAGAGGGUUUGACUAAAACUGAUUUGUAUAAAGUAUAAUUAUAAAUUUUGAGAAUCUCCAGGGAACAAAUUACUGUGCCAUACAAAUGUAAGUCAUUUUUAUUUUUUUACAUUCUCUAUCUAGUUAUUUUUAUACCAGUGUCAUACAUUUAUAUUGAUAUGUAUGUGAUGCAUCAUAGAAAAAAAAGAAAACAGAAAAUGUGUUCAAUUUGAGUGCUUGUUUGAUGUUCAUACCACCAUUAGUAAACAGCUUGAUGGUAAAGUCAAGAAUUUUGAUUAUAAUGAGUCCAUUUUGGUGUUUAGAUGAAGUAAAUUUUAGAUUUAAGAGUGAAAAUAUACUUGGUAUGUUAAGCCAGGGUGUUAUUAAAUUACAUGAAAUUACAUGAUGGUUGAUGAUUUGCCAUUAUUGGUAGUUAAAUCCAGAGAUUUACCAUAUGUGAUAUUAUUAAUGUCUUAGUAAGGUGCUUUGGUUGCAGUACCCUUAGUACAAACAAUCUCUAAUCAGCUCUAGUGCAAUAUUUUAAUAAAACUGAUAUCUACCGGAAAUAGAUUUUUAUAUGACAAUAGUUUAGGUGUCAGUGAGGAGAAGUUCAAAAAAUGCAAAACAUUAAAUAAUAAUAACAAAAGUGUAAAGUUUUUAAUGUCUCUUGGUUAAUUGAAGUGAAAUGAUUGAUUAGAUUUUAAAAUUGGGUUAUUAGUUUCUUGUGUACAUUGCUAAUUAAUGGUGAUACUGGACACUUCUCUGAUACGAGAACUGCAACUCUGGUUUUCCUCCAAGAAAUGCAGUAUUAGUGUGUUAUAAGAGGCCAGUGAAAUUAUGAUAAAUACCAUAAAAGAUGACCACUUGAUAAAACAAUCUGAUAAAGUAUAUAGUUGCAGCUCAGGUUUACUUCUUGAUAGUAUGGUGAGCACAGUAGAGUCCAUUCAUAAAGCAUCAGGAAAUGGAGGGAGUGCUUAUGGAAUUUAAGUCAUUCAGGAGUAUUAUGGAAACUUUGUACAUGCAGUUUUAAAGCCUAUUUUGUGAAUCAAAAUAUCAUUCUAGUGAAUGUAUGGAGAUGGUUACCUGCAGAGUUGGGAAGUACUGUUGGUAAUGUUAGGACCUGUUCACCUGUUCACACAACUGAGCAAUGCCAGAUGGACACUUUCUUGAUACCCAGUGUUAGGGCAAAAUUGACACCCAAACCAAGGAAGGUUGAGAUAAGGCUGUCUUGUAGUUUGAUCAUUUGCUGCCAGGUAUGGAUAGACAACCCAGCCAGACACCAGCAUUCCUGUGUAUAUGACACAGAGCUUUGCCCCUAAAAGGACAAAGUCCACUGGACAUUAUUCAGUUGUGUGAACAGAGCCUAACAUGUUAAAAGUUUCUUCCAAUUUGAAAAUUAUACAACGAAUAGUACUAAUUACUGCAGCCACUAGGAAAAAGGCUCCAAAACAACCAACUUUAUCUUUCAUGGUGUUUGUUGAAAAACAUUAGUACCAUUGUAAAGUAUUGCCAGUACUUUUUUAGCAAUACUUGUUGUGUUGCCAUUAUUUUAGGAAUCAGUAUAACUGGAAGUACCACUAGUAGAUUUGGAGUUGUUUACCUCGGGGUUGCAGUGAUCAACUUUUGAUGUGUAAUCAUAUGUGGAAGAUAAUUUUCAAGUCUAAAAUUAAUGGUAAUUUCCAUCUCUGUUUACCUGUGUAAUAGAAUAGGAUUUUUGCAUUGCAUAUGGUAAGAAGUAAGGUUACAGGUGAACAUUCAUGCCCUAGAAUAAGUAUAGACCAUAUUAAGGAAAUGAUAGUUAAGUAGUAAAUAAGAUUGUUGCUCAUGAUAGUUUCUAUAUAUUCUGAUAAAUAAAAAAAAGAUGUCAAGUCCAUAAAUGUGAGGCAGAAAA